UCUUCAUGUGAUUGGCCAGUGUUUGCUGUGCAAGGCCUCUCAUUGGCUCACCGGUCUGUCCUUUAAUUCCGCCGUCAGUCUCGUGAGCACGGGAGCGCUUGCGGCUUGGCAGCUGUCAUCAGUGAGCGUGCAGAACGAGAGAAAAAUCAUCACCGCGUUUCAAAAACGUAUAAUGGCUGCAGGUUCGAGUUCGAUGAGAAUUCUCAUUAAAGGUGGGCGUGUCGUUAACGAUGACGUCACACAGGAGGCGGACGUCUUCAUCGAGAAUGGCGUCAUCCAGCAGGUGGGCCGUGAGCUGAUGAUUCCGGGCGGAGCUAAAGUGAUUGACGCUUCAGGUAAACUGGUGAUUCCGGGGGGGAUCGACACCAGCGUUCACCUGGAGCAGACUUUCAUGAACGCCAGCACACAAGACGACUUCUACAGCGGCACCAGAGCGGCGCUGUUGGGAGGAACUACUAUGGUGAUGGCUCAGGUUCUUCCAGAUAGAGACGCAUCACUACUGGAGGCCUUUGAGAAGUGUCGCGCUCUGGCCGAUGCUAAAGUCUGCUGUGAUUACGCCCUGCACGUGGGCGUCACCUGGUGGGGACCAAAGGUGCGCAAAGAGAUGGAGGUGCUGGUAGGAGAGAAAGGAGUCAACUCCUUCCAGAUGUUCAUGGCUUAUAAAGAUAUGAUGAUGUUGAAGGACUGUGAGCUCUAUCAGGCAAUGCGCACCUGUAAAGACAUCGGAGCUGUCGCUCGAGUCCAUGCUGAGAACGGAGAACUGGUGCUGGAGGGGGCAAAAGAGGCUUUAGAUCUGGGCAUCAGUGGACCAGAGGGUAUGGAGAUCAGUCGACCGGAGGAGCUGGAAGCUGAAGCUGCACACAGAGCCAUAACUAUCGGCAACAGGGCUCACUGUCCAGUGUACUUGGUAAAUGUUUCCAGUAUAAGUGCUGCUGAUGUCAUCGCCGCAGCCCGGAUGCAAGGUAAGGUGGUUCAUGCUGAAACUACAGUGGCACACUCAGUGUUAAGUGGACUGCAUUAUUACCAUAAGGACUGGGCACAUGCGGCUGCUCACGUCAUAGCUCCGCCCCUACGGCUCGACCCCAAUACCCCUGACUACCUCAUGGGCCUGCUGGGCAAUGACAUCAUAAACGUGGUGGCGUCAGAUCAUCGCAUGUUUAACAGAAAGCAGAAGGCCCUAGGGAAAGAAGACUUUACCAAGAUCCCACACGGGGCGGCCGGUGUAGAGGACCGUAUGAGCGUCAUAUGGGAGAGAGGAGUGGUCAGUGGGAAGAUGGAUGAGAAUCGUUUUGUGGCUGUGACGAGCUCUAAUGCUGCUAAAACUUAUAAUUUGUAUCCACGCAAGGGCCGGAUUGCCCCAGGAGCUGAUGCUGAUGUGGUGGUGUGGGACCCCGAUGCCACCCGGAUCAUCUCGGCCAGCACUCAGGUGCAGGGCGGAGACUUCAACCUGUAUGAGAAUCAGCGCUGUCAUGGUGUUCCCCUGAUGACCAUCAGCCACGGUCGACUGGUGUGUGAAAACGGAGCAUUCAUGUGUGCGGAAGGUUCUGGAAAGUUCUGUCCUCUCCAAGCAUUCCCGGAUUUCCUGUACAAGAGAAUUAUUCAAAGAGAAAGGACUCGUACCCUGCGAGGGGUGGAUAGAGCUCCAUACUCGGGUGAUGUUGCCACAGUAGUGAACUGUGGCAGGAAAGACUCCGCCCCGCCUGAAGGUGACGUUCUCAUGCGAGCAACCACUAGACACGGAGGCAUGCGAGAUCUGCACGAGUCCAGCUUUAGCCUAUCAGGUGCUCAAGCGGACGAUCACGUUCCUAAAAGACUCUCUGCUCGGAUCUUGGCUCCCCCUGGUGGCCGCUCCAGUGGUAUCUGGUAACUCUGUAAAGGUCUUCACUUCAUCUUGUAGACGUCUGAUAGAAUCUUUAAUUUUGUUUGUUAAUAAAUAAAGAUUUGGACUGAGUCACAGCACUGUUAUAUAUUUAGAAAUAGUCAGAGUCACACCUAAAGUGCCAAACUUGAAGUGACUGUGACAAAUUACAACUAGACUUUACGUCUGGACACACAAAUAAACAACAAAGCUAAACAUCAUAUCAUAUCAUAUUGUUUUGUUUGAUUUUAGUCAUUGCAAAAUACUAAAAUUUUCACUGUUACGAUGAAUUCACUAUUAAUUACUAUUAUGUAUAAAACAUUACAGAAUCACGAUUGUAUUUUACUGUAGUGUGGAUAAAGGACAUUCAGAUGUUUGUUAGAUUCUUUCAGCUGUUUUUUUUGUGGUGUUUGUUUGUUUUUUGUUUUUUUAAGAAGAAAUUCAGUAUCAGUGUUGACGGUUCAUGAUGUUGCCAAAAGAGAUGUUACCAUUAGAGAAAAAAUCUAUUUGAUGAUGAGCUCACAAAAUAAAUCUAGUAAAAUCUAUUGUAUAGUUUGUGAAUCAUAGGAGAGCCACACUAUCCACAAACCGAUUGACUAUCAGUGCAUGCAAACUAAAUGUGUGUUGUGUAUAUUUUCUAUUGUGUUACCAGCCUCAUGCACACGUGUGACUGAAAACAAACAUGAUCUCAUCCUCUGUAAGUUAUGUCAUGUUUGCACAUGCGUGAACACACAUCUGAUGUCAGUGUUAGUGUUUAACUGUGCAAUAUCUAUAUUUUACAUAUAUAGGAUAUAUUUAUAGAAUAUCAGUUGUUCUUUGUUGAAAUUGUCUUGACAGUGUGUAGUACUUGAAUAUCUGGAGUGUCGGGGACUGGUUUUAAACUUCCUGUCAGAAAGUUAAUGUAUUAGUUAGUACUGUGGUUUAAAGUGGUUUAAGUCUCACCGUUUUUAAAUUCCAGCUCACACAUUCCAUCUGAAGCUUUUCCUAAACCAGUUACAGUAAUGAUACAGAUAUCUAAUGAUCAGAUGAUCUCUCAACAAUGUUUCUCUACCCUUUACACAGAUUUCCAUUGUAAACAGAAUUAAUUGAUCUGCACUGGUUUACAUGAUGCUGGAGGUUUUUAUAAACACGUUAAUGAAAUAUCAUUUGUGCUCAUUGGCUGUUAGGAUUUGUGUUACCUGUAUUCAAUCCAGGCAUGAGCUAUUUGUGUUUUGGUGCUAUUUUUCAAAUGAAUAAUUUACAUCACUUGGUUUAUAUGAUUUUGUGUUUUUUUUUUAUUUUGUUUUAAGAAAAAGCACUUUGGGAAGCAGUUGUGUGACUUUGUGUGGUUAGUUUUGAAGGGUUUUUCUCAUCAUGUGAAUAAGUGAAAAAAUAAAGUGAAAAAAAUCAGCAAAGAAACUGUCGCUUACAUUUAUUAUUAUCAGUGGUUUACACGUGUGUACGGUAUGCACAAUACAGACAGACAUAA